AUGCUCAAGCCAUUAGGUAUCAAAGACAAAAUUCAAAGGAACCUACUAAAAGAUUCAAAGUAUGAUGAUGAAAAAUCCGUUGUAAAUCCACAUGAAGGAGAUAAGGCCAGCAUCCUACAGGAGACCAGAGUGUUCUCCAGCUACCCCCUCAACACACAAAAGUGCAUGCAAAUUUUAACAAAAAUUUUGUACCUCAUAAAUAAAGGGGAAGAAAAAUUAACCUCACAAGAAUGCACAGAUAUUUUUUUUAACAUCACUAAAUUAUUCCAGUCCAAUAAUGAAAGACUACGAAGGAUGGUUUAUUUACUUAUAAAAAGUUUACCAGUCAAUGAGAAGGAAGUUUUUAUUGUCACAAGUUCCUUAACGAAAGAUAUGAACUCAGCUAACGAUUGCUAUAGAGCAAAUGCCAUACGAGUCUUAAGUAAAAUAAUUGAUAAUUCUAUGGCUACUCAAAUUGAACGUUACUUAAAAACAGCCAUAGUGGAUAAAAACCCUUUCGUCUCUUGUUCUUCCCUCCUAUGUGGACUGAAUCUUUAUUUAAACGCAUCCUGUGAUAUAGCGAAGAAAUGGAUUCAUGAAGUGACUGAAUGUAUUAACAGCAAAAAUCCUAUGAUUCAAUUUCACGCCUUAACCUUGUUGUGCUCAAUUAAGUAUCAGGAUAAACUAGCCUUAGAAAAAAUUAUUUCAUCUUACAGCAAAAGUUCUAGUCAUUUAUCUGGUGCCCUUGCAAACUGCCUCUUAAUCAAAUAUGCUUCUUGCCUAAUUUACUGCACCGAAGUGGAUAGCGAAUUAGGCAAUACAAAGCACCUUACCCCCGGGACCACUUCUCCUCCACAAGGUACUACCCAAUUUGGCAACCCCCUUACCAAUUCUUUCCCUUCCACACAGCCAAAUAGAUCUGCAGGAAGAACACAUGAUAUGUACAACAUACAAGAUUAUGCAACAAAUAAAAAUAAUUUUAUCCACCCAACGACAAAAGUCUGUUUUGAUUAUUUGAAAAAUUGCCUCAAAAGUAAAGACCCCAUGGUUCUUUUUGAAUGCAUUAAAUGCAUAUUUGAGCUAGCCAUUUACGACAAAACAGCGAGAAAUUCCACCACCGUAUUUAACGUAGAUAUACUAAAUGAAUGUAUGAAGGUGUGUCAAGUAUUCUUAUUAUCUUCCAAAGUAAUCGAUAAAUUUAGCAUCAUCAGACAAAUAAAUAAACUGUCUCAUCACAGACCUCAUGUCGCAUCUAAGAUCAAUCAAGACAUAGAAAAUCUCCUAACUGAUAAUAACAAAAGUAUUUGUGUCUUGGCAUUCACAACUUUAUUAAAAACUGGAAAUGAAGCUAACAUUGAUCGACUCCUUAGUCAAAUUAAUAAUUACAUGACUGGAGAUAACAGUUUUUUUAAAGUACAAAUUAUUGAAGAAUUAAAAAACUUAUGCUUUAUCUACCCUUCCAAAUGUAACAUUAUUCUUAAUUUCCUCUCGAACAAUCUCAGAGAUGAAGAAUCUUAUCAAUUCAAAUCAAAAACAAUAGAUGCAAUUAUUUUAAUUAUUAGUAAAAUCCCCAAUUCGGAAGAAACAGCCAUCCUUCAACUUUGUGAAUUUAUUGAAGAUUGUGAAUAUAAUUCACUCCUCCUCAGAGUUAUAAGAUUCCUUCUAGUCCACAUACCAAAAACGUCCACCCCAUCAAAGUAUAUUAGAUACAUAUACAAUAGGUUAAUUUUAGAAAAUUCUACAAUACGGGUCGAUGGCCUAUAUGCUCUCUUUCACAUUGCCUUAAAAUGUGGAACAAACACCAAAGAUAUAUUAUUCCUUUUAAAUUGUCUUUUGGCUGAUAAUGAUGAUGAAGUUAGGGAUCGUUCCAAUUUCUUAUAUCACAUUUUAAAAGAAAAAAUAAACAAAAUGGAUAUGCAGGGGGAAAAUUCCUCUAACGACUUACCCCUCAUUGAUGAACUUCUAACAAAUGAGACACCCACACAUAUGGAAAAUCUUCUUUACUUAAUACAAAAACAUGUAGAGGAUAAUGUCGCGGAAGAAUUUGACUACAACAGUGCCAAGGAAGAAAUACAAAAAAUGGGUGACAAAACUUUCAAAGAUGUACUAGUAGCAAAUGCAUCUUCCUCUACUUUGCCCCCCAACCUGAAAUGGAAAAGUUCAAAUGCAGAUGUGUAUGGUGGAUGCAUGAAUGGAACAAAAUUACCUGAACAAAAUAUAGAGUCCAUUUUAUCAGAAGAGGUGAACAACCUUGUAGAAAAUUACCAAAUAGGUUUACUCAAAAUGGUAGGCAAGUCCGUACCACUAACGGAAAGUGAAGCUGAAUACACCGUCCUGGUCAAGAAAUACAUUUACGACCACAACAUAUUACUCGAAUUUAUAAUACAAAACACUUUAGCAGAACAAAUCCUAGCAGAUGUAAAUAUGCAAAUAAACUCCUUUGAUAAAAAAUGGACCAUUUUGGAAAAAACAAAUAUUCCUAAUUUAUUUUUUAAUGAACCCCAAAAUUUAUAUGUCCUCUUGGGAAAAAAUACACCCCUAUUGGAUGAAACACCCACCACUGCAGACUACCAGGUCAACCAACACUUUCAACUCUCUCUUCACUUCCUCACCAAAGAAAAUGAAAUGGACAAUGGGUUCCCGGACUCCUACUCCAUUAACCCCUUGAGCAUACAAAUUACCGACUUCAUGUCCCCAAGAAUAUUGAGAAAUGGAGAAUUCAAACAUGUGUGGGAUAGCAUGGAAAAUCUAAACUCAGAAGCUGUGAGCAAAUUUAGCCUCAAUUUUGAAAGUAUUCAACUAGCUGUUGUAGGAUUACUAAAUACUUUAAAUAUGAUGGCUUGUGAUCAGACAGAUAGUGUGGAGGCAAACAGCAACAGCCACAACAUGCUCCUCUCCGCUAGAUAUAUGAACGAAUCUCAUGUCCUGUGCAAGGCGUCCCUCAUUCUGUCGCAGCAGUACGGAUGCUUGUUGAAAAUCGUGUGCCGAUCCCGCGACAAGCAACUCUCCGAAAUGCUCCUCAAGUCGCUCGAGUAG